AUGUUCUCACGUGUUGCUGCAAUGAAGGCGCCCCGCACACACAACCGUCGCCGCGUGACCGGCUCCAGCGGCAGGAGGAGGGAAGGAAGAGAGAGUGAGCCGCAGAGGCCCAACAUGUCGCGGCAUCUCUUCUGCUCUGCGGUGCUGCUCCUCGUUCUUGUGAUGAUGUGCUGCGGCAGUGGAGCUGCGCACGCUGAGCAGACAGGGGCCACUGUUGAUCCGUUCACAGGGACGACGCCGAUAUCAUUUGCUAAUUGGAAGGGGUUUAACGAGGCCGGGAGGAAAAUCACCUCGCUCCGUGCUCCUGGCCUCGUUAAAGUGGGUGAAGAUGUAUUUGCCGUUGCUGAAUCGCAGUGCGGGGAGGAGAAGGGAGCCGGCCGCCGUGCUGGGAUUGUCUCAAAGCACCUGAAUAUAAGUGGUGACCCAAUGGAUAUUUCGACGUCGGAUAUAAGUUUGUUUUGCAUGCAACUUGGGGACACCGCCGCGAAUAAUUUUGGGACAACGGAAGUGUUGCGACCAACGACGCUUGUGUUUGGGAACAGUGUUUACAUGCUCCUGGGAAACCAAAGCCAUACAAAGCCGCAGUUUCAAGGUGAGAAUGAGCGGGGUCUUUUACUCGUGAAGGGAACUGUCGCCAAUGAGGGUGGAAACAACAAGAAACUUUUGUGGAAUGAGGCCCAUGUGGUGAAACCUGAACCCAGAGGAGAUUCUUAUUCCUUG